GACUGCCAAACAGACCCUCGUAGUUUGCGCCCAGCACCCCAGUCAUGGUUAUCCCCUUCCCUGCUGCCCGCUGCUUUGUGUUGAACUGCCACAGCUGGGAUUAACAGAUAUUCGCGUGGAUAAAGCACGAAAACGACGGCUUGUUGGUUCUGCAAAUGCUGCUAGCUCCUCGAAUCCCUAUACCGCGGUGGUCUCAACUCCCUAUCUCCACUCUCUCCCGUCGUCUCCACGCCAAACUCAAAUUCUCAUCUUCAUCUCAAACCAAGCUUCCAGUAGUUUGUGAAAAUGCUUUGCAACCUCUGGAGGAUGACUGUAAUGAAUUUUUGCCUUGGUUAGAGCGAAAAGCUGGGGUUGAGAUUUCAUCUUCUCUUUCAAUUGGGAAAUCCGCUUAUGGCAGGUCUCUGAUUGCUUCUAGGUCCAUCCAAACUGGAGAGUGCAUAUUGAAAGUUCCUUUCAAUGUGCAAAUAUCACCUGAAAAUCUCCCUCCAGAAGUUAGAAAUUUGUUAGGUAAUGAAGUUGGGAAUCUUGCAAAGCUCGCUGUUCUCAUAUUACACGAGCAGAAAAUGGGUCAGGAUUCUGAAUGGUCCCCUUACAUCUGCUGUCUUCCUCAGCCUGGGGAGCUUCAUAGCACAAUAUUCUGGAGCGAAAAUGAGUUGAAUAUGAUCCGUCAAAGCUCUGUAUAUCAGGAAACAAUCAGCCAAAAAUGUCAAAUUAAAAAGAAGUUUUUGGAAUCAAAGCUGGCUCUUGAACGCUUCCCUGAUAUUUUUGCGAGUAUCAACUUCGAGCGUUUCAUGCAUGCAUAUGCUAUAGUUGGAUCUCGGGCAUGGGGAAGCAUAAAGGGUUUAUCUCUGAUCCCAUUUGCAGAUUUUUUGAAUCAUGAUGGACUUUCAGAAUCAGUUGUGCUGAGUGAUGAACAUAAACAACUGUCGGAGGUUAUUGCUGAUCGCGAUUAUGCCCCAGGUGAAGAGGUACUGAUAAGAUAUGGAAAAUUUCCAAAUUCGACACUGCUUCUGGACUUUGGAUUUACGCUCCCACACAACAUUCAUGACCAGGUACAGAUCCAGAUUAGUUUACCUCCUGAUGAUCCUCUACGUGAAAUGAAGUUGGACCUUAUGCAAAAACAUUGUAUGCCAGCUGGUAAACCUGUAAAUGGCUUCAACUCACUAGAGGAUUCUUUCACCAUCAAAGAGGUUAAAUCUGCUCUAGGAAAGGGGAAGGGCCUUCCACAAUCACUUCGGGCAUUUUCCCGUGUUCUCUGUUGCAGCUCUACACAAGAACUACAUGCUUUGGCCAAAGAAGCUGCUCAAUGUGAUGGCCGGCUGGCACGACGUCCAUUUGAAACCAGAGGCAGAGAAAUCCUAGCACACCAACUCUUGUUAUCACAAAUUACUCAUUUUAUUGAGGAACACGAAUCAUCUAUAGAGCUCUUGGGCCCUGCUGAUUCCUCCUCCAGGGGUGGAAAUUUUGUUCGUAGAAGUCAAAUGGCUCGGGAUCUCCUCACAGGAGAGCUUCGAGUCCUCAAGUCCGCAUAUAGGUGGUUGAAAAAUUACAUUGGAAUCUUGAUCACUGCUGACUGCCCAAACAACGAUGUUAGCAAUUAUGGAAUCAUCCCGAUGUAGAGAACUUGUAUAUGCAGUGGAUUCAUGUUCAAAGGAAUCUAUGGAAAUUCCAACAGCAGAAUAAGCAAAAAUGGGCAGAGGACUACGAGGUAGUCUUGGGUUUGCGUCCGCAAUGACGAUUUCAUUCCCUUAGAUUCUGCGGAUUUGUUGCCAGAGGAAAGCAAUGUCCUCAAAACAAAUUUAUGUUGUAUUUGAUGUAUUUCCUUUAAAGUAACUCUUUUGUAUAUGAACACUAUGGGGUGUCUGUUGUUGAGCAUUAAUACCCCGAAUUUCAACCCUAUCAAACAAGUUCAAUGGAGGUUGAUCUGUAAGUAUUAACCCUGUCUCGUACACUGGUAAACCUCAAGCAUAACUUCAAGCUCAUUUCGAUA